AUGAAGUACGUUUUCGCAACCCAAAACAUUUUCGAAGCAAGGAAAUCUUACAAACUAGAGCCGAACCUAAUAAACGUAAUUAUAUGUGCUUUCUGCGUGUUAUUCGCUAUCGCGGUGAUUGCGCAGAUAUUGUAUUAUGGUAACGGCAACUCUGUAGCCACCAACGGUACUGCGCAGGUAUCUAGUCAGGUGUUUGAAAAAAGUCAACCAACUUUUAGGCACAAACAGUCUGAUAGUGCGCAAGGUUGUGAAAUGACGGAAACUUGUUUAGUGCGGUGCAGCGAAGUAGAUAUAACGACAGUAGCCGAAACGAUUAAUUAUAUUACAAAGGAUGUUCAAUGUAACGGGGAAAUCAAAUUGACGCUGGUCAACGUCUUAUUUCCCAACAACACGAUGCGCGCGGGCUGGCUUAACAGUUUGGAUGAUGACGUAUUCGAAUUAAUAAUCAGCACCCCUAAUCUCUCGAAUCUAGGAGAAAAUGCGUUUGAGGGAAAACCGUUCACAACUAGUAGCCGAUAUUUAACACUCACGAUCCUCGAUUCGAAUAUUAGAAGUUUAAAGAGAAGUACGUUUGUCGCUUCCAAAAUCCAAGUGAUCCAAAUGCAGUCUAUAUCGAAACGAGGCAUCACGGUGGAAAAUGAUGUUUUCGGUCCCACGGCUAUUUACCUCGAAACGCUUCAAUUUAAUUACCUGUUGGAUGAUAUCGACGCUUUAAGGAAUAUAACAGCGGCAAACACCACGUUAUCAUCGCUGAGAACUUUAGACAUACGGUACAAUACAUUCACCAAGUUAACCGACAAAAUGUUCUUUAGCGUUCCCUUUCUGGAACAAAUAGUCCUAUGCGACAGCAAGAUUACUUCGGUUGAAGUAGACGCCUUCGCCGGACUAGGUUCGAGGUUGAGGCAAAUCGACUUUACUUCGAACUUACUCGAAACCCUUCCAAACGGGUUACUAAAGAAUAUCAAUUCGAUAGACAACAAAGUGUGGGUUGACGAUAAUCGGUGGAGAUGCGACUGCGACUUGCAGUGGUUUAAGACGUAUCUCCUCGCUAGAAAUAACACGAACCCGCUGAUGUGUGAAUCGGUUAACUUCAAAGAUGUCGACUUUUGUCCUAAUAGUUCCACUCCGGUGGCAACCGCUACAGACUCCAUAACUACGCCCACUCCCGACUCGCACGCUGAGGUUACGUCUACCACUAUAAUGGAUUCGGAUUCCAUUGAUUACAAGUUUAGCCAAAUCCUUUGUAGAAGCGUUAACAAAUAUCCUUUUGCAGAAUUGAGAAGUACUAAUAAAAUAUUUCUCCAAGAAGCCGCGUUUAAAAGCCGAAAUAUUGACUAUACGUUAUAUCACGUCCAGGACUCCUCGACAGUGGUCGUGACGUUGCAAGGAAUUGUAAAACGUAAUGACUUUUUAAUUUGGACUAACACGGCGAACCUGUCAGAUUACGGGUGCGUGUAUGAAAUCGACCAAGACAUUUACAUGGAUUUGCAAUACGAGAGCACCUACACGAUAUGCCUGGCUAACAACGAUACCGUGGACAUAUUCGCCCUGACCAAUAAAGAAUGUACUGCGUUGAAUAUUGCUCUUGAAUGGGGCAAAAGGGCCUGGAUAACCAACAACGACAUGAUGUACGCCAUAAUCGUCCUAGUGGUCUCGGUUCUGCUGGGGGUCGUCUGUGCCAGUGUAAUCGUUUACUUUGUAGUGCGUCAACAUCCCGAGCUUAUCAAGGGUAACAAAAGGGUGAUACUGGUGAAAAAUAAGUCUGCUCCAGAAUUUUUGGUCAUGCCGGAUUAUACGAAAAGGAAUACUUUGUUAUCGGUUUACACGAAUUCGGACGGGUAUCUGACGCCGAAAUAUAGGCGAUGCAAAAACUAUCAAAAUCCUUUGAGCAGGGAAUUGAUUAACGAUCCAAUCCAUUCUAACGAAGUUAGCGAAAAUAUAUACGAAGCCCCGCCUUCCCCUCCUCAUCACCCGCGUGAACGAAGAGAUAGUUAUCAACCCUACAUCCACAGCAACAUGUAAUU